UCCACUCAACACUCAAGCAUGGAGGCUCGGACUCGAUGUAUCCAUUGCCGAUCACUAGGAUCGAUUAGACGCUUUUAACACCGGCGACCCGACCCCGGAGUGGAUCCCGUCUUUCAUUUGGGGUUUGUUGCUCGUUUAAAGCGGACAUUUGGGGUGCUGAACGGUCGACGCGAGGAAGAUGAAGCGGGUAGCUGUGGUUACCAGGCACAAUGGCCUCGUCGCCCCGCUGGGUAACAACAACUCCGGAGCUUCGAGCAUCGUCUCGCCUCCCCAACGGAGACCCCCGAACGUCCCCUCCUCCGCCGACAGACGUCCCGGCGACGGCAAGGAGGCUCCACUCAACAUUAGCCGGGGUCCUGCUGUCAAGUCCGAGCUGGUGUGCAAGUGGGCAGGCCGAGUGUCGCCCAGGCAGAGGUUCGUCUGCAACCUAACUUUUAGCUCCAUGCCGGACCUGGUGGACCACGUCACCGCCGAGCACGUCACGGCGGGGCUGGACGCGCUCAGUCACGUCUGCAUGUGGAGCGAGUGCGUCCGCGGAGGAAAGGCUUUUAAAGCCAAGUACAAACUUAUCAAUCAUAUCCGAGUGCACACCGGGGAGAAGCCCUUCUUGUGCGUCUUCCCCAACUGCGGCAAGAUGUUCGCCCGCUCCGAGAACCUCAAGAUCCACACUCGCACGCACACGGGUGAAAAACCAUUCCAGUGUGAGUUCUGCGAGCGACGCUUUGCCAACAGUAGUGACCGUAAAAAACAUUCCCAAGUGCACACUUCUUCAAAACCCUACGACUGCAAGGCCCUGGGUUGCACCAAGUCCUACACACACCCAAGCUCUUUGCGCAAGCACAUGAAAGUCCACAUCAAAUCAUCGCCUACCUCUGAACCCUACGACAUAUACAACUCUAUCCAUCACCACCAACAACAACAUCAGCCUCUUCUGGAGCCACUGGACCUUAAAAUCAACCACCUGUCCCCAACGUUCAGCAAUCAGAACCGAAAUUUUGACUUUGAUAUCAGUUUAGCCAACAAGUUCCACCACAAGCUAGAGCCGAGUUCGUCUCCAUUGGCAAUGCCCUUGGACCUUUCCCUGUCCGGACUAAGGAGUCACAGGACCUCAGGAAGAAGUCACCAGUCAGCCAACCCAGUCAUACCUGAGUUGCCGAAUAUUAAGGAGUGGUAUGUGUGUACCAGAACUACAGCACAAAGCUUUCCUCUGCCUCACCCCGAUGACAUCAAAUCUGAACCAAGCGACGACGAGGACUACACGUAAGUUGGUGGUAUUUAAGAGCUGAUGAACACACUGAACCGAGGAGGUGUGAAAUUGGGAUGUUUGAUAAGAGCAUAUUAUUAUUUUUGCAUUCUCUGGUUAACAAAACAACACCUGGGACUUUUAUCUUGAAGCUACGCAUAAAUUAUGCAUAAUAGAUUAUUUUUUGACGAAUUUCCGCUACAUACGACAACACUGUCUGUAUGACUGACAUGCAGAGUUUGUCCUUCUCCUUACAACAGAACAGCCGAGGGAUCAUUAGAAAUUCCUUGAUCGCGUGCAGUUUAAUCCACAUGUAUUUCAACGGCGACAGUUUACGGUUUUUCUGUCAUUAUUUUUUUAUACAUCACUACAAUGCAUAUGAAAUAAAACAAUUGAAAUUGAA